GGGCCAAUUUGACCCAGUUGUGUUGUGAACCAGUGGGCAGGCCAUCUCGCCGCCUCGCCUACUCGCCACUGCGUCGCCCCUCUCGCUGCCUCGCCGUCUCGCCGCCGCCUCCUCGCCGUCUCAGAGAGAGAGAGAGAGGUUUCUUCUUCUUAUUCAAUCCGUCCUCUCUGCACAUUGGGCUAGGAUACCUUCCGCCACGGCUGAAACUUUCUCUCUCGCAGCUGGGCUCAAAGUCUUCUUCGAUUCUCCGGCAGCUCACAACCUCUCCCCCCGCCCUUCCAUUAUCUCUGGCGACUAACUCUGUCUAUAAUCGUCAUCGGCAGAGAUAAUCUCGGCAAGUGAAUUGUUAAUCUUAUUGUCUUCCAGACUGGUGCACCAAAGUAAUUGGAAAUGGUAGAUAACAAUUCAACUUCUGAUUCGCCGGCCGAAAGCCAAACCCAAAAUCUUGAUGGGGAUUUGCACUCUGAGAGUGAUAGUUCGGUUUAUUCAUUAGCUCGGAAGGUUCCAGGGUCGCUCUCUCUCGCGAAAAGGCAUAAGUUUUGGGAAUCCCAGCCUGUUGGGCAAUUCAAGGAUCUUGGGGACACGAGUUUGCUGGAAGGACCGAUCGAAGCUCCAACACCCUUGUCUGAAGUGAAAAAAGAACCCUAUAAUCUUCCUAAUCUCUAUGAAUGGAUAACUUGUGACAUAGAUUCUGAAGAGAUGUGUGCCGAGGUUUAUAACCUCCUAACGAAUAACUAUGUUGAGGAUGAUGAGAACAUGUUUAGGUUUAACUAUUCGAAAGAAUUCCUUAGAUGGGCUCUUCGCCCUCCUGGUUUUUUUAGGAGCUGGCACAUUGGAGUUAGAGUUAAGAGCUCCAAGAAGUUGGUUGCCUUUAUAACUGGGAUUCCUGCAAGAAUCCGGGUCCGUGAUACUGUUGUUAUCAUGGCUGAGAUUAAUUUCCUGUGUGUUCAUAAGAAGCUCAGAUCAAAACGGCUUGCUCCAGUCAUGAUUAAAGAGGUGACUAGGAGGGUUCAUCUGGAAAAUAUUUGGCAAGCUGCUUAUACUGCUGGCGUGGUCCUUCCUACGCCCGUAUCAACUUGCCAAUAUUGGCAUAGAUCAUUACAUCCAAAGAAGCUUAUUGAUGUUGGAUUUUCUAGGCUGGGUCCAAGGAUGACUAUGAGUCGAACAAUAAAGCUGUACAAGUUACCAGAUUCAACUUCUACCCUGGGAUUUAGAAAGAUGGAGCUCCAUGAUGUUCCUGCGGUUACACAUUUGCUGAGGAAUUACUUAAGUCAGUUUCUUGUUGCACCUGAUUUUGAUGAAAAUGAUGUAGAGCACUGGCUUCUUCCAAAGGAGAAUGUUGUUGAUAGCUACCUGGUUGAAAGCCCAGAGACUCAUGAGAUCACUGAUUUCUGCAGUUUUUACACUCUUCCAUCUUCUAUCCUUGGGAACCAAAAUUACUCAACUUUGAAGGCUGCUUAUUCCUACUAUAAUGUGUCUACAAAGACUCCACUGCUUCAACUUAUGAAUGAUGCUCUUAUUAUAGCAAAACAGAAGGAUUAUGAUGUCUUCAAUGCAUUGGAUGUUAUGCAGAAUGAGUCGUUUUUGAAGGAGCUGAAAUUUGGACCAGGUGAUGGGAAACUCCACUAUUACCUCUACAACUAUCGAAUAAACCAUGUUUUGAGACCAUCAGAACUUGGGCUUGUGCUUUUGUAGUUUAAGCGCUCAAAACUCACUUCCGACAUGUACUACCGGAUGAAUUUUUUGGUAAAGAAUGUUGGUUGUCUUAAUUCCAGGAUAGCAAAAAUCAGCCUGCCAAACUUCAUUGGCAAUCCAUGGUUAGAUUUUGAAUUUCUUCUUUCCUGUGGAAGAUAAAUCUUUGUGAACUUUCUUGCCUAGUUUCAUGGGCAAUUUCCUUGUAUUGAGCUUGGCAUGUGUUUUAGAACUGCAAAGUGGCUGCUAAAACAAUUUUCUAUUUACCCCUUUUUUCUUA